AUGGCACAUGCGGGGACCAUGGGGCCGCAUGUGCAGAGUGGGGCAUGCGCGCAGGAGGCGACAUGCGAAGGCGAGGAUGGAGCUCCAGGAAUCAGCAGUGGGGGAGAGAAACGCUCUGAGGAGGAGGAGGAGGAGAGCGAGUGGAUAACAGGGCAGGUUCUCCGCAGGAGGAAGAUGCGUCGAAACUUGCUGUUGGUGUACAUGAAGAUCGAGGGAGAGGGCGAGGGAGGGCUGGUGUUGCUGGUGAUGUCUGUGGAGACAUCGUCCAGCGAGGUCUUCGAGGAGUUCAGAGCGAACGUGCGGCCAGGCGAUCGCAUACGAGUGACGGGGAAGGUGCAAGAGCCGGGGGUCGAUGCCGUCGCAUGUCAGUUCGAGGUCUUUUGCAGGGACUUUGCGAUAGAGGAGAAGUGGGAGACGGAGAAGAGGGGCUGCUUCCAAGACAGGACAGCAGCACUCGUAUCUGGUCCGAGCAUGCAGGAGGAGAUGAGCGUUGAUCAAGAUGCUCCUCUCUGCAAGGCGUGGAUCAACACAGGACAGUGCUUGAAGGGGGCAGCGUGCAGGUACCGACACGACACUGGGGGGGAGACGAUCGGCAAGGCGCGAGCGAUGUGGGUGGCGGAGAGGAGGAGGCAGAGGCUGGUCUGUAGUCUUCUGUCAGGAGCUGAGGACGCCUGA